AUGCGCAGCAGGGGGCCAAUCCCCGAGCCCGCCAGCCUCACCGCCUCUCCGCCACCUCAAGAACGAAAAAAAAUAGUUUUUAUUAUUACAGAAGAAACAUCGUUUUCCGUUGAGACUCAACAGGAAAAAGAAGAAGAUCAUGAAAACCGAGAGUCCCAAAAGCAUCAACCCCCUCGUCGUGUAAGCAGAGCUGCCAGCUGGAAAAAGCCACGAAAGCGGCCCGCUGAAAUUGAUUACAACCCCUCUACUCGUUGGCUGUUGGCGCCGAACCAUGCUACUUCCACGCUACAAAGUGCUCAUACAGAACGGACAAAGAGUCAGACGAGAACCCUUUCAGACCUCACUCCAUCGCGGAAAUUGUCAGUAGAGUCAAAAUUGACAAACGAUACUGUUUAUACUGACAGGCCGACUUUUGGCAGAAAAAUGAACCAGCGACUCAAUAUAUUUAGCGCUUCAUUCCAAAAACGCUUUGGCGCAUCCUCCCACUCAUCUGGCUCCGAGCGCGUCGGCAGCCCGCUGUCUGCCAGACGUCGUCGAGCCAGAUCUCGCCAGACGAGCUACAAGUGGCUCUACCUCGUUGCUUUCCUGCUGUUCAUCUUUCUCCUCGUGAUUAUUCUACUGUUGCUAAUUCGCUAG